UUGCCGUUGUUGUUCAUGUAAACCGAAUGCGACAGAAAUGUUCCUCGACGCGUUUUUUUAAAUCUCCGCCGACACAUUCACCUCGAUCCGAACUGACUGGGCCGGCUUUUGACCGCGUCUCGCUCGGUCUCAUCUUCUCGCGAGAUCAGGGGUUGCUAAGAAACCGGAGUAAACUAACGUGAACACCAGCUGUUUGUGAAGAUUACUUUUACCUUUACAGCCUAAAUAAUGGAGGAACAAAAGGAAGACGAUGCUUCUGAGCUGGUGGAGCAGUUUCAGGCGGUGCUGACGGAGUUGGCGGGGGACGAGAGCGUGGAUAAGAUCCGGGUGGAGUUUGAAAAGCUGGCCCACGCUCUCAAAAAGUCCCAGGACAAUGAACAACGACUGAUGUCUAAGUGCAGGGAGCUAAAUGCAGAAGUUGUCUCGUCUUCAACCAAAGUGGCAGCCGCCCUGAAGCUGUCCCAGGAAGACGAGACAACUAUGACGUCUUUGAAACGGGAGCUGGACAAAGCCUGGAAAAUGGUGGACGCUGCUCACGAGCGAGAAAAGAAGGACAGCGAGACCAUCAGCCUUCUGAGAGAGGAGAUUUCCAAACUCGCACACAAAAGUGAUCAACAAACUGACACCAACAGAGACCAGCACAGUGAACUCCUCAAAAAGGUUGAGGAGUUGACAGAGGAGAGGGAUCAGCUGUUGGCAAAGGGGGAGGACCUGAGGAGGAGGCUGAAGGAGGCUCAUGCAGCUCAGCAGGAGCUGGAGGCUCAGAGAGAGAACGCCUCCCAGACGCUCGCUCAGCUUCAGCAGGAGCUGCAGGUCCAGCAGAAUGACAUCUCCCGUGAAGUGAGACUAAAGGAGAAGCUGGACAAAGAGGUGCAGCAGCUGUACACGGACAUGGAGGCCAAGUCAGGAGAAAUCAAAUCUCUGAGUCUUCACGUCCAGAAGGCCAAAGAGGAGCAGCAGAGACUGGAAGUGCAGCUGAAAGAGCAAAGGAUGCUGAGCGAUAGAACCACCAAGGAGCUGGAGCAGAUGCAGACCAGGAAGAACAAGCUGCAGCAGGAGUUUGAGCAGCUGUCAUCAACCAAAGAGCGCCUCUCUGUGGACAAUCAACAGAUCGCAAACGAGCUGAAGGUGAGAGAAGAGGAGGUGACUCAGAUGCGUCAGGAAAUUUCCAAACAAAUCAAGAUGAGAGAAACUGCGCAGAAGAAGUUCUGGCAGAUGGAGGAGCAGAGGGCAGAUGUGGAAGUCCAAAUGGAGGUUCUGAAAGCUCAGACUGUAGCUCUGGAGAAAGAUCUUGAAGCAGCCAAAAAACAAGUGGAAACAGAGAAAAAAGCUAAAGAUGAGCUGACUCGAGAGAGAGACAUCUUAAGCAAGAACGUGAUGAAAGCUGUGCAGUCCAGUGAGAAACAGCAGCACUUCCUGAAGCUCCUGGAGCUGGAUAAGAGGAGUCUGGAGCAGGAGAUCAGCGGGUACCAGCAGGAGGCCCAGAAGCAGCGCAAGAUCAUCCAGCAGCUGGAGAAAGAACGGGACCGCUACAUCGAUGAGAGCAGCGGCCUCAUGCAAAAGGUGCAGCAAAGAAUGAAUGAUGUGAAAGUCAAAGAUGUGGAGAUAUUCGACUGGAAGAAGAAGGCAGCAGAGGCAGAGAGCAAACUGAAGCAGCAGGAGAGCCUGCUGGAGUCGGUCAUGUCUGAGAGGAACCUGUGCAGCAAAAACAUCGCAGAGGCUCAGGACGAGAUCGUAGAGUUGAAGAGAAGGAUUAGGACAAUGAGCAACCAGGUUUCCCAGCUGAAAGAAGAGGUCAGCAUCAAAAAGCAGGACUAUGCCAGCAGUGUAGCCGAGCACAAGCGCUUGGAGAAGGAUAACGAGAACCUAAAGGAGGAGCUGCAGUCUCUGAAACUCCAGCUGGAGGAAACAAAGCAGCAUUUAGACAGUCAAAGAGCUGAACACCAAAAACUACAAAAGAUAAUAUCAGACAACGACGGCGAGAACAUCAGAAUGAAGGGACAGCUGCAGCAGGUGAUGGGCGAGCGGGACAGCCUGGGCAAACAGCUUCUGCACAGAAAUGAUGAACGCUCACUUCUCUAUGAGAAGAUCAGGAUCCAGCAGUCCAUCCUGGGGAAGGGGGAUUUCCACUACAAGCAGAGGCUGGAGGACAUCCGCCUGCUCAAGCUGGAGAUUAGGAGGCUGCAGGGCAAGAAGAGCCUGAUGGACAGGACUGUGCCCCACACCGAGGAGCUGAGACAGGAGCUGCUCCACCUGCAGAAAGAGCUGAUCAGAGAACGAGUGAGGAACAGCGCUCUGGAGGAGCAGCUGAAGCCUAUCAACAUUCACAGAUGGAGGCAGCUGGAGGGUGGUGAUCCCGGUAAAUACAUGCUCAUCCAGAAGAUUCAGUGCUUGCAGAAGAGACUGAUCACGAAAACCCAGGAGCUCGAGGAGCGGGAACUUCUACUGCAGGAAAAGGAGAAGCUGUAUGUGGAGCUGAAAAACAUUCUGGCCAGGCGACCAGGUCCAGAAGCAGCUGAGCAGCUCUGGCAGUACGAGUUCACCAUCAGAGACAGAAGCAAAAAGCUUAAGGUUCUGACAGCAGAACUGAGGAUGCUCGACUCUGAGAUGAACGAGUACAAAAGUGAGAACCAAAGACUCUCCAGUGAGCUGGCAAACGUUAAGAAGAAGUAUCUCUGCCAGAAAAAACUCUGCAGUGAACAAAGAGCCAGACCCAAGCUGGAGCAGCUGGAACCACUGCCUCAGCUGAGCAGCAGAACGCACUUUACCGGAGGAGGCUUCAGGCUCGACAACCCUGUGAAACCGUUACAGCCUCUGUGAGCAUUCGAAGCUGAAGGUCUGAGGAGGAGCGGAUCUAAUGCUGCUGCAUCUGCAGAGAGGAAAUUCUUCCAAAUAACUCAACACAAACGAUUCCGUAGAUCACUUGUUAUCUCAAGUAAAAAUCAUUUUCCUUUGAUUUUCUAUACCGUUUAAAGCAAAAAACAUCCAGUAAGUAUUAUUUAAAUAUUUUUUUCAUUUAAUAUUUCUCCACAGUAUGAUUGUUUGUUAAAGUAAUUCAAUCUAAUUGCAAAUGUACAAAUAUUAUCAGAAGAAAAACAUUUUCACCACUUCAGCUUUGGUAAAAAUCCACUUUUACUGUGAAUAAAUGAUUUAUUGUCUGUCAGUCAUGA